ACGGAGGAGCAGCGGCCGACCACAGUUGGGUCGUUGUGCCGUCAUGGAGAGCUCCAUCACGCUCUGGCAGUUCCUGCUGCAGCUGCUGCUCGACCAGAGCCACAAACAUCUCAUCUGCUGGACCUCCAACGACGGUGAGUUCAAGCUGCUCAAGUCCGAGGAGGUGGCCAAGCUGUGGGGGCUGCGCAAGAACAAGACCAACAUGAACUACGACAAGCUGAGCCGGGCGCUGCGCUACUACUACGACAAGAACAUCGUCAAGAAGGUGAUCGGCCAGAAGUUCGUCUACAGGUUCGUGUCGUUCCCGGACAUCCUGAAGAUGGACCCUGCUGCGGUGGAGUCGGGUCGCAGCGCAGAGGAGACCGGGGGGGCGACGUUGGAGCCUGAGGCUGAAGACAAGGACGACGUUGAGACGGAGCAACACCUCCGCUCCGGGCUUUACUCCUCUCUCACCACGAGCUCCUUAAACCGGCCGAUCAAAGCCGAGCCUGGAUCUGAUCGCCAUGACGACAGCUCCUCCGUCAUCCAGUACGUGACCAACGAUGGCCGCUCCUCCUCUCGGUCCGCUGAGAGCUUCGCACGGUCUCCUCGGCUAGCCAGCCCUUCGUCGCUGCCACGAAGCCCCGCCCACAGGUGGACGAAGGGGCGGGGCCAGUGUCCAGAUACGGACGAGUCCAACUGUCAGCCUUUGAACUUGUCGUACGGUCAGCGGGAGAAGCUGCAGAGCUCAGUCACACCAGAGAGGAGAGCGCUGAGCAAAGGCAGGAAACCCAAAGGCUUGGAGAUCUCCGCCUCCUCGCUCCUCCUGACAGGAAGUGACCUCGUCUCCAUCGCCCUCAACAGCCCGGCCCUCCCCUCCGGCUCUCUCACACCUGCCUUUCUUACUGCACAGACUCCAUCUGGUCUGUUACUCACUCCCAGCCCUCUGCUCUCCAACCUCCACUUCUGGUCCAACCUGAGUCCAGUUGGACCUCUGAGCCCCGCCCAACUGCAAAACCACGCUCAGCGUUUCCAGUUCCCCACGCUGCUGAAUGGACAUUUUCCUGUAGCUCCACCCAGCGUGGACGCUCCUCCUCUGCUGCUGUCCUCCACGUCCCACAAGUCCUGAUGCCAGCCUCGGCCUUCUGAGCAAACUGGAGCUGCAAGUUGCUGAGCUCGACCAGAUCAGUACAGACCAAAGAGUCAUUGAACUUAAAUGAACUAAAGUCGACUUGGACUCUUGAAGUUACAUUUUGAUUUGAGAUCUUUAUUCCAGAAGAUGGAGCUUCAGUCUGAAACUUAGUAGGGAUCAUCUUCUAUUUGUUUCAGGGUUAUCCUGAAAUCUCUGAACUUCUUCGAACGUAAUGAAACCAACUGGAGGUCUGACCUCAUGAUCUCCUUUUUUUAACUCGGUCACAAAAAACCUGCUUGUAUAAUUUGAACGCCAGCUGCCAAUUUGAGCAUCGAGGCAUCCGAGUCAGAUGAAGAUCUGAUGAAAUCCUCAACUUCGUUUUGGAAAAAACUAAAUCUCAUUGAGCCAGAAGAGUUAACAGGUGUGAUCAAGAACUGUGGAAACUCCCCCUAACCUACCAAAACCAGAUGCCUGAGCCAAGAUCCACAGGACCGAUUAGAGUAGAAUGAGUCAAUAGAUUUAUAUUACCACAACUUUGUUUGUUUAUUGUGCUAUAUUAAUUUUUUUUUGUG